GGCCCUUGCGGGGGCUCUGGACUAGAGCCGGCUUCGCUGUCAGGUGGCAGAAGCAGCUCCUACGCGGUCCCCACCGCCCCCGCCGCCCACUCCUCGCCCGUCGUCCUCUGCGGCGGGGCGAGCUCACUGCCCUGGAUCCUGGUCGGGCGCCCAGACGGAGACAGGGGAAGGGCAGUAUUUGCGGAAACGUGGGGCCAAAGUCGGAGGGCUUCCCAGGAAGAAGGGAAGGUCAGCGGCCUGGGCGGUUGUCUUUGAGAUUCCGAGGUCGCCCAAGCCGGCGCCUCGGGCCGGCCCCACUGCGCCCUCCCCUCCCACCCUCUUCUUCCUUCCUUGCAGCCCGGUUUGGGGAUGUGGUCCUUGCUGCUCUGCGGGUUGUCCAUCGCCCUUCCACUGUCUGUCACAGCAGAUGGAUGCAAGGACAUUUUUACGAAAAAUGAGAUGCUUUCAGCAAGACAGCCUUUUGCUUUUAAUUGUACAUUCCCUCCUAUAACAUCUGGGGAAGUCAGUGUAACAUGGUAUAAAAAUUCUAGCAAAAUCCCAGUGUCCAAAAUCAUACAGUCUAGAAUUCACCAGGACGAGACUUGGAUUUUGUUUCUCCCCAUGGAAUGGGGGGACUCAGGAGUCUACCAAUGUGUUAUAAAGGGUAGAGACAGCUGUCAUAGAAUACAUGUAAACCUAACUGUUUUUGAAAAACAUUGGUGUGACACUUCCGUAAGUGGUUUACCAAAUUUAUCAGACGAGUACAAGCAAAUAUUACAUCUUGGAAAAGAUGGUAGCCUCACAUGUCAUCUGCACUUCCCGAAGAGUUGUGUUUUGGGUCCGAUAAAGUGGUAUAAGGACUGUAACGAGAUUAAAGGGGAGCGGUUCACUGUUUUGCAAACCAGGCUUUCGGUGAGCAAUGUCUCAGCAGAGGACAGAGGGAACUACGCAUGUCAAGCCAUAUUGACAUACUCAGGGAAGCAGUACGAGGUUUUAAAUGGCAUCACUGUGAGCAUCAGUACCACCCUGAUUGUGGACUGCAAUAUAACAGACACGAAGGAUAAUACAAAUCUACGAUGCUGGAGAGUCAAUAACACUUUGGUGGAUGAUUACUAUGAUGAAUCCAAACGAAUCAGAGAAGGGGUGGAAACCCAUGUCUCUUUUCGGGAACAUAAUUUGUACACAGUAAACAUCACCUUCUUGGAAGUGAAAAUGGAAGAUUAUGGCCUUCCUUUCAUGUGCCACGCUGGAGUGUCCACAGCAUACAUUAUAUUACAGCUCCCAGAUGGGAAGCUGUAUGAUGCCUAUGUCUUAUACCCCAAGCCCCACAAGGAAAGCCAGAGGCAUGCCGUGGAUGCCCUCGUGUUGAAGAUCCUGCCUGAGGUGUUGGAGAGACAAUGUGGAUAUAAGUUGUUUAUAUUCGGCAGAGAUGAAUUCCCUGGACAAGCUGUGGCCAAUGUCAUCGAUGAAAACGUUAAGCUGUGCAGGAGGCUGAUUGUCAUUGUGGUCCCCGAAUCGCUGGGCUUUGGCCUGUUGAAGAACCUGUCGGAAGAACAAAUCGCGGUCUACAAUGCCCUGAUCCAGGACGGGAUGAAGGUUAUUCUCAUUGAGCUGGAGAAAAUCGAGGACUACACAGUCAUGCCGGAGUCAAUUCAGUACAUCAAACAGAAGCACGGUGCCAUCCGGUGGCAUGGGGACUUCACGGAGCAGUCACAGUGUGUGAAGACCAAGUUUUGGAAGACAGUGAGAUACCACAUGCCACCCAGAAGGUGUCGGCCGUCUCCUCCGGUCCAGCUGCCACAGCACACACCUUGCUACCGCACCGCAGGUGAGCGGGUGGGAGGACACGAGGUUCAUCAUGCACUGAUGGAGGGUCUAUCAUUGCGCGGUGGCUCACAGCUGGAGGAGGACACAUUUCAUCGGGGCCGUCCACUCUGAAGCUGGCAGUUGCAUACUAGUGAGAGGGUCUGUUGUGUUUGUUGUCAUUUGUUUGCUUCUAUCAGAGCUGCUUCUUCAGGGAAAGACACGGCUUCUGCAGAAGGCCCUCUUUAGCCUAUGGGCUUAUUGACACAUGCCCACUCACUGAGGCCUGGAUGGAUACAGUACUUGGGCCCCUUGAGAACAGGACAUGGAGGGUUUUAGAAAUGGCAGUGGACAUGCCCGGAAGUUUGCCCAUGAUGUGGCACCCAUGGAGUCUGAGAUGGGAGCCUGUGCUGUCGAGGGACCACAGGAGGGCAGUCUAGCACCAGGAGAGGGUUGGCAAGGAUAGCAGUAUUUGUCCAUGCCUGUCCAGUGUCCGCAGGGCCCUGUGCUCGGGGGUCAUUUGCUGUGUCUGCGUCUCUCUCGUUCUGCCAGUGCAGACAAAGAGCUGUGACCACAGCCUUAGCACUGUGCUUCCAGAAGCGAGUCGAAAGUCACCUAGACCAGUGGGGACCCAUGGGUGUGGCCAUGACUACCUCUUAGUCACCCUUCCAUGCUUAGAGCAGCUUUAUCUGUCAAACAAAAGCAAGCAGGAAUUCCUUUCCUUUCCUUUUUAGACACACGUCAACCAGAAUUCUGAGCAGCCUGUGAGAGACACAAUUAGCACACAGAUGAUAGAAUUCUAGUCCAAGCAAGGCAAAGUCAGUUUCCAAUGAGCCAGUGUGCCCUUGUCACAGGCCAAUUUAUAACUUAAUGAUUCACAAAGAUUUUUAAUACUAAAAAUUAGCUGUAAACCCUCAUCAUUUUUUUCCAAGACCCUGGCCUGAGGGAAUUAGGCAUAGCUCAACCCUCUGAAGCUGUGGGAUGUUGACACUGAGACUUAGUAAGCAGUCAGUGGGGGCUGGAAGGGAGUCAGCCCUGAGAGCCAGCCGGCAGGGGCGAGAGGGGGAGCCAGAGAAUGUCAGGAGGCCUGUGGCCCUGGGAUGGCGUGGGGAGCAGGGUGGGUCGGGAGGCGCUGUGCUCUUAUUCAUAGGCGGUGGGUGGUGCCCAUUGUGGGAUGGACUUUCAGGUGCUAAGGAGCCUGCUCCUGUCUUUGAAGAAUUUAUGUUCCAAGGUGACCUCACAUUACACAUUUGUUCAGCAUCCUAUGGAGGCCUCGACUUGACAUUGGUCCACUCUUUAUUUAACAUUUGCUUUUUAAAUUUUUUAUUUUGGUAAACUAUAUGAACAUAAAAUUUACCAUUUUAACAAUUUUUAAAUGUAUAGUUCAGUGGCAUUAAGUACAUUCGCCUUUGUGCAGCCAUCACCACCAUCCAUUCCAGAAUUGUUUCAUCCUCUCAAGCUGAAAUUCUGUGCCCAUUAAGCUAUGCCUCCCCAUUGCCUUCCCAUUGCCUCCCCAUUGCUCUGAGGUAGGACAUAAAAUACAUUUUAAGAAUAACAGCAUUAAAAAAUGGCUAACAUAAUUCAUUACUACUAUUACAUUUUUGAUACUUUUCAAUAAAAAGAAAGUAGAGACACAUAUUGGAAAGAGGGAAGCUUUUUGACUUAUAAAACUCCAGUUAAAGAAUUCACCAAGAGUGCUGGUCUCCGGGAAGUCAGAGGUUUCCAGAAAAUACCUUUUCUUUUGACGGGUCAGCUUUCUGUUUUGCUGACAGCCUCGACUGAUGUCCUGUGAGUGUGGUCAUUCGCUUAUAAAUAAUUAAUUGCUAGAGAAUCCAUUUUCUAAAAUUCGCAGGCACACCCUUCAGAGAGGACACAUCCCCGCACCUCUCCCACUCUCCCCACACUGCAGCUGCCUCUGGCUCCCUCCAUCCUGCAGAGGGAAAUGGCUGGGAAGGAAGGGGAAGGGUGCUGAGAUGCCCUCAAAUCUGAAUAGGGUGGGGGUAUUCCCCAAAUCCUCACCAAACCACGAGCCAGUGACCAUUCACCCAUUGCGGUCCAGAUCUUAUUGCACCAGGGUUAGUCAAGCGGCCAGAGGUGGUGCCCACUGCCCUCAUGGGGUUUCCUGGCAUGGCCUGGUUUCAUAUGCACUUCACAGAAGGAAGGGGGAAGCGUCCUCAGCCCGUCUGCAGCCACCCUGCCCGCUCCAGCACUGCAGGCAGCCUCCAGAGACCAGCCCAGAGAAGAGAACAGCAGCGAGUGAGGAGACAGAGUGCGGAACAGAUCAGUAACGCCCAUUUUCCUCUUGGGUGCAACAGGACAAACAGCCUGUUUUAAUUAAACUAGCAAAUCCUCCAUGAGGAAUGACGACUCCCAUGUUGGAGAGAGAAAUCGAGAUGCAAAGAAACUUUUUAAAGUUCUACUAAUUCCUAAUGAAAUAAUAGGGAUGCAAUGCAGCAAGAAUACAAAUAAUUAAAGUAAGUAGCCUGGCAUCACCGCUGACAUGUAGGCAGGUUGGCAGGUAACAGCUCUGCUCAUGGUCUCAAGUCCAAGUUUGUAUAAGAAAGGAAGUUUAAGAGUUCAAUGGCUAAGGGACAAAAAGGUAGUUUAUAGGAAAGCUGAAGGCCACCCUCAAUUCUCUCCCGUUUCUCCAGCUGGGCUUGGUGCAAAUAUGAGGUCAGUGGGGUCCUAUCCCUAGUCCUUUGUGGGGUGGGCUUCAGAAUUCUACUCCAAGCAAAGUGAAGUCCGUUUCCAAGGAGUCAGUGUGUCUUCAUCACAGGCCAAUUUAUAAUUUAAUGAUUCACAAAGUUUUUUAAUACUAUGAAUUAGCUGUAAACCCUCAUCACUCCUUUCCAAGACCCUGGCUUGAGGGAAUUAGAGACUCCCCUGGGAAUCCCCAGGGGCUGACCUGGAGGUAGGGCUGAGAGAGGAGACUGGACCAGAGAGGUGAAAUACAGGUGCUGAGUCGCUGGGUUAUCUUUACAUUCACCUUCCUAUAAUGACUGAGUCAGCCACAAAACCCACUUCCUUUGGUAUCUCCCCUCAAAUACCCUGAGUCGGCUCGUGAGAGAGGCCCUGGGAGAGACCCAGUCACGUAAAUAAAGGGCCCAGGAAGGUGUGAUCUUUCCCCGGAGGACCCAAGCAAGAUGAAGAUAUACAUGCGAAAAGUGCUUGGCAAACCGUGGGAUGCCGUGAGGAGCUGGCCUGCCAAAAUAUGGAACGUGCUCAGGGAGCCUCAGCCCCCAGGGCCCCCCACACCCAUCAGCACCCCAUAGUGACGCAGACCACUUCCUGCCACGUCACGGUUGGUUGACCUUUCCUCGGCACUUGGUCCUGUUUUUUAUUUAUAAACUUCCCUCCAACACAUGCUUGUUUGGUAUUGAUCUGGGGCUGUGUAAAGUGGAAAAUUCCUUCCUGGUUUCCCUGAAGAACAGAGGCUGUUCCAGAUGAGUUCUGGAGUGAGCUACAGAGGGUGACCAUGGCUCUAGGAGCGGUGGCUGCUGGGUCUGAAUGUUAGAGGCUACACAUCUCCAGUGGUAUUAUUCUGGGAGAUGGGAACUCUGUGUGUGGAUGGCCCCUCCCAUACACCCAGGGACUUCUGAGAAAUGCUGCUGUUCACCAAUACAAUUCCACCCUCAUCUCCUGGGCUGUCCCUGGAGAGGGGCUCUCCACUUGAGAAGCACCUCAGAGCCCUGGCUCUUGUCAUCCAAAUUCACCUUUCCUCUGGGGCUUUUAUAGGAAAAGUGACAGUUGCCACUGCUCACCUGUGAUGCUCUGGCGUAACCACCUUGCAAAGAUAACCCAAGAGAAAUGGAAGCCUCAGGGAUAUACCAGCAGAUGAACUGACGGCAAGGUAGAGGUUUUCGCAUUCCCAUGGCAGGUUUCCUCCUCAGCCCCCAUCUCCCACCACAUCAGAAAAGGAGUAAAUAGAUCUUUCCUGAUUUCAGGCCCAAAACUAGGCUCAAGAAGAAAGAAGCGUACUCUCACGACUGGCUAAGAGUUGCUGGACUGACACCUAUGGCUGGAAGAUGACUUGUUUUGCUCCACAUCUCCUCAUUCCUACACCUAUUUUCUGCUGCAGGAUGAGGCUAGGGUUAGCGUUCUAGACACCCGGUUGAGCUCAGGCUUAGAGAAGAGGACGAUAGGAUAAGAGCUGGGGCCAUCCCCAUGUCAUGGUGGGUGAGAGCUGGGGGUAUCCUUAUGUCAUGGUGGGUGAGGGCUGGGGGCAUCCCCAUGUCGUGGUGGGUGAGAUCUGGGGGUCAUCCCCAUGUCAUGGUGGGCUAAGCCCCAUAUGGAAGCCUGUGCUUGGAUAGUGUAUGCCCUUUCCGCUGUUUUUCCACAAUGAACGAUUAAACUGUAAAUGUUAAAAAGUCAGUAAUUUGUGAAAUAAAUUUUAUUCUCAUUUGAGCAACAUAAA